CAUUCGUGCCAAUCCAUAGUUCUCCUCCAUACCUCUAUUAGUGAUCUUCCCUGUCCAGGGAGUCCUAAUCAUUUGGGUUUCUUUAAUAUUAUUAUCAUGGGUAGGCUCAAAACCUCAAAGAUUGCCUUAUCGACCCCACAGCAGGCGCAAGGGAACGGCGUGCCUGGGCCACCAACGAAUAACAAAAUACGGGACCAACUGGCCAAGGAUUACGGUAUUCUGUGUUUUCAGAUGGAAGCAGCCGGUCUAAUGGAUAACACCUCUGUAAUUGAGGAGGCAAGACGAGGCUCCUCGACACCCACUGUCUUCUUCUACUGCGAUGAAACCUCUGUGUCGCGGCGAGCGUUCACCGUGCUGUCUAGCUUCAUCGAGCAGUUAUUGGAGCUCUAGAGGCGGACACACUCGUCGGGUCCGAGUGACAUACAGGAGAUUCUCCGGUGCUAUUUCAGUCCAAAGGGAAGAACCCCCGAUGUUGAAGACCGACAGGAAAUCUACCUUAUGCCAGGCGCAAUCUAU